AUGGCGAAGCGGCAGCAGCUGCAGCACCAAGCUGCUGCGCUGCAGCGGCGGGUGAUGGAGCUCACUGAAGAUUUAAAAGACUCACAACAAAUGAUUGAAGAGCAGAGGGAAGCUGAGCGCGAAAGAGCGAAACAGGCUGACAGCGAAGAAACGGAAAGGCUGAAGACGCAAUUAGGAAAAGUGACGGAGCAGCUGGAGACAGUUAGAGUUUUGUACAAGGAACUUUUGGAAAACUUUGAAAAAAAAAAAAUAAAUAAAAUCCAAUCUUCAGAAGAGUUGGCCAGCGAGAACAAAGACCUUCUCCUCCAACUCCGUUCUUGGCAGUCUUCUCAUGCUUCUGUCUCUCGAGCUUUGCAAGAAGCUUUAGAAGAGUUGGCGGAGCUUCGAGGGGCCGCAGCGAGAGUGCAGACACUCGAGAAAGAAUUGGAAACUGUAAAACGAGAAAGUGGAAGACUUGAAGAAAUUCGAGAAAUCCAAAGCAUUUCAGAAGUGGAAUUAAUUAAAGCCCACUCCGAAAGAGACGCGAUGGAAAAGGAACUGCAAGAGGCCAAAUCGGCUGUAGAGAAAUAUGCGCGAGUUUUAAAGAAAGUUCAGACAGACUGCGACGGCACAGUCAGUCGACUUCGCGCGGAGUUGGCGACGGCUCGAAGUGAAUUGGAGGAAAUGCAAAAUGAUUUAAAUCAAAACCAAACCCUCAAAACGCAAAUUCAAGAACUUGAGGGAAAGCUGGAGGAGGCCUUCAAACAAAGAGACGAAGCAAAAGCAGCAGCAGAUAAAUAUGAAGCGGACAACAAAACUAUUUCAGAUGGCAUGCAGAAGCUGCUGCAGAAGCUGCAUGCACAAGUGGAAGAUCAGGACUAUUUUGUGGACAAAAGAAUUGUAGCUCAAAUGAUAGCCAAGUACCAAGAAACGCACGGAAACAUAAAAAGACGCGAAGAAAUAUUUUUGUUGAUUUGCGACGUUUUGGGAUUUAGCGACGAAGACAGAGAGCGCUUUGGCCUCCCCCAGAGACAAAGCGAAAGGGGGAAAGAGGGGCUGCAGCAGCAGCAGCAGCAGGGGCUGCAGCGCUGCAGCAAAGCCCGCAGCAGCCUGCUGCUAGCCCUUUUGGUGCAGAGGGUUGAAGAUGUUUCGGACGGCCAAAGAGUUUAUGUGCGAGGCCCAGCUGCACAGCGCGCACCUGCAUCCGGGCACCUGAAGUGUUGCAUGCAUUUAUUUCAUUUGUCAUUUUUUAUUCUUUUAUUUCUCAUUUAUAUCCCACCACAACUAUGCCAUCAAGACUGCAACGGGAAGCAGCAGGUGAAGCAGCAGCGUAUUCUGCUGCUCCGGGAUCCUUUGGGGAGUCCGAGAGAGACGGGUCUUUUGGGCUUGGCCGCUGCAGCUGCUGGGGGUGCCGCAGCAGCAGCCGCUGCUGCUGCUGCUGUGGGCUGCUGUUCGCUGAGCUUUGGCUGCCGCUCGUUAGUUCCGUCCCCAAAUGAGUUGUUUUGCGCUUUCGACAAGCCGGUGGCCACGGCGCUGCUGCUGCUGCAGCUGCAGCAGCUGCAGCAGCAGCAGCAGCGAGAGAAGGCGAGGAGCGGGCUGCGCUGGCCGGCAGCUGUUCAAGUUGCGGCUCGCUGGCUGAAGGAACUCUGCACUUCGACGCAGACAGCGGCUGCUGAAGCGGCAGCAGAAAUAAAAGAUGAAUCAAAAAUGCUUACUUGA